UGUAUAACUACACGCUGAUAUGGGAAGAUAAGAAAGAAUUGUUUAAUGUUUUAAAAUUUUCUCUGCCUGUGAAAUUAUGUUAUGACCCCUGAAAGUGGCAAAAAGACAGUUGUUAAUGGUUUCUCAGCAUGAAUGACAUUGGGAUUCUUGCUGAAAUACGCCCAUGGCUCCAACGUGUUCGAUGCCCCUUCUUAUCAGCUGAGAAAUGUCUCAGGUCAGGGACGUUUGUAGGGUACGAGUUAAUUAGUGAUUGUUCUAGCCCGCGUGACUGACCUGCGAUGUUUAUGCAGUUUUGAAAGGCGUUUUGAAGGCGAUGUUUAUGCAGUUUUAUUUUGCAAUGCCCUGGCACAAGUUUCAAGGGCCUGUGCAUGUGGAAACAAUGUGGCCGAGCUGUAAAGGCAGGCGUGCAGGCGCGGUGCUGAGGGCAGGGGCAAAACUCAGAAGAUCAGCGUCUCUUUCAAGGGCUUCCUUUGUUUUGCUUUUUCAACAGCCCCUUAAAAUGUGUGUUGCAUAUUGUGAACAGCAGAAGGAGAUUUGGGUUCGCACAAACGGAUGACUGACAUUUUGCUGUGUGGCUAAAGAGACUGCAGUUCCUGUCCAGAGAUCACUAUUGUUCCACCUUGUCCCACAACCAGCACAACCACACUGGUGGGUCAGAAUGUACGCGAGGAAGAGGCUCAGGGAAUAAAUGGGAGGGCGCCAGCAAAGCACGCAGCUGCCAGUCUCAAGCCACAAGUGCCUCCAAAGCCAUUCCACCUGCAGAAUUCACCUUCGUCCAAUAUACACCAAACCCCCAGACAUAAAGCUUUACCUAGUGCAAUACCAAGGAUGGAGGAAGUUAAACCUGCCUCUGCUUCUUGUGUCUCAAAAGAAAAACCCAGUAAGGUAUCAGAUCUCAUCAGUCGCUUUGAAGGAGGCAGUGCAUUAUCAAAUUAUAGCGAUCUGAAGAAAGAGUCUGCUGCAAACCUCCAUGCUCCUAGAACCCCAGGAAGGCAUGGAUUGACAAGCACACCUCAACAAAAACUCCUCUCCCUGCACCCACCAUGGAGGCAGGGACGUGACACCGACGAGCCUCAGGUUGCAGAGACUUGUGUGGCCAAUGGGAUAAUGGCAGCGCAAAGCCAGAUGGAAUGUGAGGACGAUAAAGUGGCCGCUCUGAGUCCAGAUACUCCUAUUCAAACAUCUGAACCCUUGCUUGGCGUGCACUGGGUGAAUGGAGAGAGAGAAGAAACUGCUGCAGGUCCUGCGUCACCCACAACAGAUGACUGUGAUGGAAAUGCUCUUGAUGGUGGCAGCAGCAGGACUCCAAGCUUAGACCCCGUGCUCACCCUAGAAGGAGGGGCAGACGAAGAAGCCAAGAGCCAAGAGAGGGAGGAUGGAGAAAGCCCUCUGGAACUGGAACAGCUGGACCAGCACCAGGAGAUAAAGGAGACUAAUGAGCAAAAACUUCACAAAAUAGCCAAUGAACUUCUCCAUACAGAAAGGGCUUAUGUCAACCGACUUGACCUCUUAGAUCAGGUGUUUUAUUGCAAACUAUUGGAAGAAGCAAACCGCGGCUCAUUUCCAGCAGAGAUGGUGAAUAAAAUCUUUUCAAAUAUUUCAUCAAUAAAUGCCUUCCAUAGUAAAUUCCUAUUGCCAGAGCUGGAGAAACGAAUGCAAGAAUGGGAAACUACCCCCAGGAUUGGAGACAUCCUCCAAAAAUUGGCACCAUUCCUUAAGAUGUAUGGAGAAUAUGUGAAGGGAUUCGAUAACGCAAUGGAAUUGGUUAAAAACAUGACAGAGCGGAUUCCCCAGUUCAAAUCCGUGGUUGAAGAAAUUCAGAAACAGAAAAUCUGUGGGAGCUUGACCUUGCAGCAUCACAUGCUGGAACCUGUCCAGCGGAUCCCCCGGUAUGAGAUGCUCCUUAAGGACUACCUAAGGAAACUGCCACCUGACUCCCCAGACUGGAAUGACGCCAAAAAAUCCCUUGAAAUUAUAUCUACAGCAGCAAGCCAUUCUAAUAGUGCAAUAAGAAAAAUGGACAACCUAAAGAAACUCUUAGAGAUUUAUGAAAUGUUGGGAGAAGAGGAAGACAUCGUCAACCCUUCGAAUGAACUAAUAAAAGAAGGGCAGAUCCUCAAACUAGCUGCUCGGAACACUUCAGCACAAGAACGCUACCUUUUCUUAUUCAACAACAUGUUGCUGUACUGUGUGCCCAGAUUCAGCUUGGUGGGCUCUAAGUUUACCGUGCGAACCAGAGUUGGCAUCGAUGGGAUGAAAAUUGUAGAGACUCACAACGAAGAAUAUCCGCACACUUUCCAGGUAUCGGGGAAGGAGAGAACACUGGAACUCCAGGCCAGUUCUGAGCAAGAUAAAGAAGAAUGGAUCAAGGCCCUUCAAGAGACCAUUGAUGCUUUUCAUCAAAGGCAUGAAACCUUCAGAAAUGCGAUUGCAAAAGAUAAUGACAUUCACUCAGAAGUUUCUACUGCUGAGCUAGGAAAAAGAGCCCCAAGAUGGAUCCGAGACAAUGAAGUGACGAUGUGUAUGAAAUGCAAAGAGCCUUUCAACGCACUGACACGGAGAAGGCAUCACUGUCGGGCAUGUGGACACGUGGUUUGUUGGAAGUGUUCUGACUACAAAGCUCAACUUGAAUAUGAUGGUGGUAAAUUGAACAAAGUUUGUAAAGACUGUUAUCAAAUAAUAAGUGGAUUCACAGACAGUGAAGAAAAGAAAAGGAAAGGAAUUUUAGAGAUCGAAUCAGCAGAAGUAUCUGGAAACAGCGUGGUGUGUAGCUUUCUUCAGUACAUGGAGAAGUCAAAGCCUUGGCAGAAAGCUUGGUGUGUGAUCCCCAAGCAAGACCCCCUUGUGCUGUACAUGUACGGUGCCCCCCAGGACGUCAGAGCCCAAGCCACCAUUCCGCUCCUGGGCUACCUGGUGGACGACAUGCCGCGGAGUGCAGACCUGCCACACAGUUUCAAACUGACCCAGUCCAAGUCUGUGCACAGCUUUGCUGCAGACAGUGAGGAACUGAAGCAGAAGUGGCUGAAAAUCAUCUUUUUAGCUGUCACAGGUGAGACACCAGAGGGUCUAGAUGAGCAUCCAGCCGCCUUGGACGAUCAUCCUGACCCUAAGAGAAAAUCAGAUUGCUGAAUGCCAGGACCAGCCUCGGUGCAAAGGGCUCCAGUCGUGCGGCUCAAGACAUUCCCAACUCUCCCUGCUCAGAUCCUAGCACUUUAUGUUGAAAAGUAGAGGCUCAUCAAUGCAUCUUUGGGGGACUGUUUUCCUAGGUUUAUGUACUCUUAGUGAAACUAAUGUGCAGAGCCAUUCUACCAGUAAAGUUUUGAAAUAAUGUGAAAAA